AUGGCAUUUCACGAAAGUUCAAUCAGCGCACCUCCAUAUACACCAGUUCAAGCAGGCAAAACAGUGAUCCUGUCUAUAAGCGAGGGAUGUAUCAUUACUGCGGAUGGAAGGGAAGUGAGGGUACUCGCGCAGAAAUGGAAGGUCGAGAUGAAAGAUGGACGCUAUGCCUUCCGAAACCUACACAGUGGCAUGCUUCUGGGUCUCCAUUUCUUUGGAAAUGUCACGGCUGGUGUUUCAGAGAUAAAUGAAUGGGAGUUGUUUGUUCUGGAUCCUGUGGAUGGCGGUUACAGAUUCAUGGUAUCAAAUUACUGGUUGUGGAGCAAUGGUUUUCUUCUACGUCCAUCUCUCACGAACUAUCUUCAGAGCUCUUCUGAUGAGGGUCACUAUACCCCUAUCAGUAUCCAAUACAUCGAUUCCUAA